AUGUCAAUAUGGUACUUAAAACUUCCGGAAUAUCGCGAGGAUCGCGGAACAGGUCCGCAAAUUUUUCGGAGGUCCGGAACUCCAAAAACGCCCCCCGGAGCGCAGGCGCGGGGUGUCCACACCGGCCCCGGAGACCGGUCGCCGGCCACGCCGGCAGCAGCCGCCAGCCUGGGUGCACCUGCCGCCGCCACUUUCCUGGGCAGCCGCCGCCCACGCCGGCGAGGCCUGCCGCCAGCUGCCCGCGGGGGCGCCGCGCGCGCGGGCGGGCCUGCCGCGCGGCAGGCCGGGCGGGGCUCCGCCCAGCCGAGCCGCGGCGAGGGCCUGUCGCCGCAGCCGGCGAGGCCGUGCCACCCACAGCGGCCUGCGCGGGGCCUGUCGCCCCGCGCAGGCGGGGCCUGGCCCCCACCCACGCCCAGCUGGGCGGCACCUGCCGCUCCGAGGGCUUGGGCGACACCUGCCCGGCCCAGGACCAGGCGGGGCUCCUGCCGCGCCACCGACUGGAGGCGGACAGCUGGCCGCGAGCUCACCAGCGGCACCCCCCGCCAAGCUUGGGCGGGGCCUGCCGCUCAGCGCCCACGACAGCCGGGGCUAGGCAUGACUUCCGCCCAGCCCCCUGCGGUACCUCUUGCCGCCCAGCGGCGACCGAAAAUGGCCUAUAAAUAG